AAGGGAGAAGUAUCGCCCUUCAACCGAUACUCAAAAUUUGAAGGUUAAAUAUGAAUAAUAAACGGUUCUUUGAACUUUGGAUCUUUACAAUUUAGAUUUAGUUGUAUCAUUUGCUCCGGCUUACGGUAUAUAGGUACCAAAGUUCCAAUUGUAAUUUAAUUUUAAGUGAAGCACCAUUCAGUUUUAAUGUCUCUUUCUACUAAGGGUGUCGUAAUUGUUGCUGCGAAGCGUACCGCUUUCGGCACAUUUGGAGGCAAAUUUGUAAAUACCACAGCAUGUGAUCUUCAAGUAGCAUCAAAUAAAGCCGCAAUGGCUGCUGCAAAGAUAACACCGGAAAUGAUAGACACUGUGAAUAUUGGGAACAUUCUCUCCCAUUCUUCGACAGAUGGUGGAUAUAUGGGAAGGCAUUCGGCACUGAAAUCUGGAAUACCUAUAGAUCGACCUGCGCUGAUGGUUAAUCGAUUAUGCGGGUCUGGUUUCCAAGCCGUCGUCAAUGGUGUACAGGAUAUUCUAUUAGGAGCAGCAAAAAUUUCGUUAACAGGAGGUGCGGAGAGCAUGUCCCAAGCACCCUUUGUAGUGCGUAAUGUUCGCUUUGGUACACAGUUAGGCGUUAACUAUAACUUCGAGGAUACUUUAUGGGCCGCUCUCAGCGACAGUUACUGCAAGUUACCGAUGGGUUUAACAGCCGAAAAAUUAGGAGCGCAAAAUAAUGUCACAAGAGAAGAUGUGGAUGAAUUUUCUUUGAGAUCUCAGAUGCUUUGGAAAAAAGCUCAGGAGGCGGGCGUAUUUAAAGAGGAAUUGGUACCAGUUCAGAUCAAAGGUAAAAAAGGUCCCGAAAAUGUCGAAUGUGACGAACAUCCUCGACCCAAUACAACCAUGGAAGGUUUGAAAAAAUUACGGUCUUUGUUUAAGGAAAACGGCUUAGUUACUGCAGGAACUGCCUCCGGCGUUAGUGAUGGUGCUGGUACUGUGAUCGUAGCAAGUGAUGCUGCUGCAGCUGAAUAUAAUCUUAAACCUUUGGCCAGAAUAUUAGGAUACUCAACUGUCGGGGUGGAUCCAUCAAUAAUGGGAGUCGGACCUGUUCCUGCCAUCCAGAAUGUUCUAAAAGUCUGUGGAUUAACUUUGAAUGACAUCGAUUUGGUGGAGAUCAACGAAGCUUUCGCGGCUCAAACACUUGCGUGUGCUCGACAGUUGAAUUUGGAUAUUAAUAAACUCAAUGUCAAUGGCGGUGCAAUUGCAUUGGGUCAUCCUUUGGCUGCAUCAGGCGCUAGGAUUACAACACAUCUUGUUCAUGAAUUACGACGAAGAAAGGCAAAGUAUGGAAUAGGUUCAGCAUGCAUUGGAGGUGGUCAAGGUAUUGCUCUUCUUAUUGAGGCUUUAUAUUAAUUAUAUACAUUUUUUCAUUAUUGUAUUCUUCUAUGCAUUUGUAAUUUUUUUCUACCUACUAAUAUUAAAUAAAGAUAUAAGGUUUUAAUUGAAA